CAAAAGCUUCCUUUACGUGGACGUGCUUUGCGAAACGAAGGAAAUAAUGUUGACCAUGACCAGUCCACCCUGUGCCUCUUGUUAGCGGAUUACGCAACGGACCGCUGCGCACAGCAGAGCAGUAUGGCUGCUCAAAGCGUAUCGCCGGGCCAGCUGGUGCAAUGGCUGCUGGAGUACCAGGGUCGCCUUUCUGGCAUUCAGGAGCGUGCCUGGACCUACUCGCACCCCUCCUAUGUGGAGAAGGGCUUGCCAGCGCUUUAUGGAGUUUUGCAGCAGCAUCCGCAGCUGCUACUUGGGACGCCCGGCGGAGAUGCGAAGGCCCAGAAGGAGUUCCUGAAGAGCCUGGAUGCGCGGGCGCCCACGUUCAUGGCUGAGCUCCAGCCGCUCGUGUCCAGCCUCAAGGUCAUCUCCCAGAACUUCAACUCCAUCGCCCAGCUGCUGACGGAGCUACACCGCAUCCUGGGCUCGCUCACGCUUCGCUCAUACCCCGACCUGCUGCACCACUACAUGGACACGUUCUGCGGGGUGGUGCGCGCCGGCCUGCUACUGGAAGACGUCCCGCGCAGGGCGGCGGCGCAGAUGGUGCGGCUGGCGUGCGCGCACGCUCGCCCCGCGGACAGGGCUGCUGCGGAGUUGCUGGUGGAGGCUGUGGCCGACCCGCUGUUCGCCGCGCCCUCGCUGGUUGCGCACCUGCAGGCGCUGUUCCGGCCUUGCAUGCCGCGCAUCGCACAGGUGCUGGAGCUGGUGGUGGGUCCGGCGUUGUCUGUGGCCGGCAGCUGCGAGGGCGUGGCGGAGGCGGCACUGCUCGACCUGUCCGCCGCCGCCGCUGCCGCCUCGCAGCAGCACCCUAGCGGCUUCGCCUCGCCAGGCGUCAGCAUGGAGGGCGGCUUCGCAUCCUUCGGCGGCAAUAGCACCUUGGGCGGCGGCGCCAACGGCGGUGGCAGCAUGGGCCCCGGCGCGGGCAUCGAGGCUGAGGGCAUGGGCUUGUUCGGCAUGACGCGGCGGCAGGUGUACGCCUUCCUGCGCCACCGCGAGGCCAUCCGCGCCUGGGGCUUCCUGGGCUUCCUGGUGUUCCCGGAGAUCUUGCGCCAGGCCGGCUCCGCGCAGCGGCUGUCGCUGCUGCUAGCCGAUGGCUUCACACUGCACGUGUACAAGGACCGGCUGGCCUGCUGCCACGCCCUGGCCUUGACGCACCUGGGCGGAGCACUGCACGCCGCGCUGGGCAGCGGCGGUGGUCCAGCAGGCAGCAGCGGCGCCGCAAGUGGUGGCGGCGGCGGCGCCUCGUCGGGCGGCGGGCUGGGCGCGCUGCUGGGCCGCGGCAUGGCCAAGUUGCGCAAGAGCCAGAUGGACGACGACGGCAGUGAGCAGGCGCCGCGUGUGCACCCACUGCUGGCGGCGGCAGCGGGCGAGGCAGUGGCGGCGGCGCCGCUGCAGCACCGCAUGUGGCGCGCCUUCCUCACAGGGCAGCUGCGCAACAUGCAUGCCGCGUGCGCGGCGUGUCCCUCCAUGAUCCCUGGCCAGCUGGAGAUGCUACUGGCGGCCUUGUCCCUGGCACGUGAGGAGCUGUUGUGGUACUGUAGGCACGUGAAACGGGCCGUGCCUGCGGACCUGGCCCCGCUGCUGCCUGCAUCCGCAAGGAGCGGUGUGCUCAGCCUGCCUGCAGAGGAUGGUCUGCAGGCCCUGCAACUGCUGACUGCUAUGGAUGCCAUGCACCAACUGCUGGUGACUCACCACGUGGCGCUGUGCAAGCAGAUCCGCGAGUCCAUGGGCGCAGACCUGCAGGCACACGUGGUGCCCUGCACGCCCCGUGUGGAGAUCCGGCUGCGCCAGGCGGCCGCACAGGCGGCGGGCGGCUCCGCGGCGGCGGCCACGGCGGCGGCGGCGGGCGGCAGCGGCCUGCAGCCGUUCAAGGACAUGACGGAGCUACUGCGCUCCCUGCUGCUGUCCUCGACCGCGCCGCCCGACGCCGCCGCGCGCGUGUCCACUGCGGCCGGCAUCUGGGUGUACGUGGGGCUGCAGCUGGCGGCGGUGGAGCCCAGCCUCAAGGCGGCCAAGGUGCUGCAGUACGCGGAGGACACGCGGUACCUGGAUGUGCUGCAGAAGUCGCUGGACGCGGCGCGGCUGCUGUACUCCGGCCCGCUGCUGCACGCCGCCGCCGCCGACCUGGCGCCGGGGCUCACACAUGCCGUGGAGCCGCUGCUGGUGGCGGCGGCGGCGGCGCUGGGAGGUGGCCGGCUGGAACACGUGGGCGCGGCGCUGGGGGCCAUGCAGGGCCUGCACUGGCUGCUGCCGAGCCGGGCCGAGGCCUACGCAGCCGCAACCGCCGCGGCAGCCGCCGGCAGGCGCAGCAACUCAGGCAGCGGCGGCGGCAGCAGCAUCCGCAGCGGCAGCGCCGCCGGAGGCCGCUCCGUCGCCGGCAGCGGCCCUGCUGGCGGCGCCAGCGGGAGCGGCGGCAGCAGCCGGCGGCUGCAGGUGGGCGGCCCGCAGUCAGACGACCUGCCGCAUCGCUGCAUGGGCCUGGUGGUGGGAUGCAUUCGGCAGCUGCUGGCUCCGCUGGUGCAGGUCCCGCUGGCGGCCGCACAGGCGCCGCCGGGUGGCAGCACCGGCCGCAUCUCCCGCAGGGCCAGUGGUGUGCCCAACGGCACCACCACCAGCACCGCCACCGGCCCUGACCCGUCUCGGCCCAGCCUGGAGGACGCACCCGCCUCCGCACCCGGCGCCGCCCCUCCGGCCGCAGGCGGCAGUAGCAACGGCGGUGCUGGCGGUGCCGGCAGCGGCAGCACCAGCCUGCGCGCCCGGCUGACGAGCGGCAGUAGCCUGAUGAAGGUGAUUGGGGCCGCCCGCAGCAUUACGCCGGAGCGGCUGCGGACCAAGUCGGACGCGGCGGCCAGCCGCAGGAGCAGCGCCGGCGGCGGCGAAGAGGCCCAGGCUGCCGGAGCCGCCACCAGCCGUGGGCUGCGCCACACCCCCACCGGGGACGCCGGCAGUGGCACUCGGGACGUGGAUACGGCUGCCGCAGAGGCGGGCGCGGGCGCGCCGCAGGCUGGCGGGGGCGCCAGCAGCGGCGCUGGUGCCGGGGCGGCGGCGACGGCGGCUUUGCCGCGUGCGCCGGGGCUGCUGCCCGCGGCGACAGAGCUGGCAGCGCGGCUGUUGCCGCUGGUGAUAGCUCUGGACACCGGCAGGAUGCUGGCCGCUGAGACGCUGCUGCCUGGCGCCGCCUCUCCCGCUGGCACUGGUGCCACGCCCACGCCCAACACCAGCAGCGGCGGCGCAAGCAGCGCAGGCAGCAUGGGCAUGGCCGGCAGUGGCAGUGGCAGUGGCAGUGGCGGCGGCAGUGGCAGCGGCGGCGGCAGCGGCGGCGGCGGCAGUAGUGGCGGUGGCAGCUCCUGGGGCAGCGGGGAGGGCGAGGGCGUGGAGGCCUGCCGGGGCCAGCUGGUGGCGGUGCUGAGGGACUGCUUUGCACGUCUGCUGCUCAACACCGCCACCGCGGUCAAGCAGGCGACCACGCCGGUGCCCUCCCGGCAGCUGGCCCCGCUGCGGCGCUACCUGGAGGUGGUGGCGCUGCUCACGCCCGCGCUGCCCGGCUGCGGCCCCGAGCUGGGCACGGAGCUGGCGCGGCUGCUGGUGCAGCAGGCGUCCGCGCCCACACUGCAGGCCAUCGGUCUGGACGCCUCCGCGGCGCCGCUGCCGCCCCGCAGCGCCCCACUGUCCACCAACGCCGACACGGUGGCUGCGCCCAAGGUGUAUGCGUUCACGCCGGUGGGCCGCAUCAACAGCGUCGUCAGCGCCACCUCGGCCGGCGGCACCACCCUCGGGCCCUUGAGCCGCGCCCUGUCCUCCGCGGGACGCAACCCCAUGCCCAGCCUCGGCGGCGCCGGCCCGGCCGCCCUGCCAGCCCCUUCCGCGACCUCCGAGCGCGGCGGCGGCAGCAGCGCCCUCGCGCUGGGACCCAUGGCCUCGGCCCUACCCGCCGGUUCCGUAGGCGCCGCCGGCGCCGCUCACAGCGCCAGCGGCGGCUCCGUGCUCCGCGCCUUCGCCUCCUGGCUGUGGUCAGCUGUGAUCCUCGACGAGCGACGUGCGGGCGUUACGUACGACGUUGACGCGGGCGCCUUCACGACCGCCGCCGCGAUGAACGGCUACCCGGACCCCCACGGCUCGGCGCUGGCCGCCGCCACGGGGGUGCGGGAGCUGGGGCUGCUGUUUGAGGUGUUCGGCCCGGGCGCCGCAGCUGACCUGGGCCGCGGCUGCAGCGCGUUGGUGCAGUCGUGCCUGGAGCAGCUACAGGUCGCGCUGGAGGCGCACUGCGGCCCGCUGGCCGAGCUGCUGGACGCCGCCCGCUUGCGCCUGGACGCCCGCGUCGCCGCCGUGCAGCGAGCCCUGCCCCGGCUGCUGACAGCGGCGGGGGGCACCACUGCGAGCGGCAGCGGCAGCAGCCUGGCGGCGGUGUUUGAGGCGGUGCAGAGGCUGGGCCGCUGCAUGCUGCUGCGGGCGCAGCUGGGCCGCGCGGCGGCGGCUGCAGCAGAGCGCUCCGCCGACUUCAUGCUGCUGGCGCUGCGGGAGAUGGCCGCGCCGGUGCGCGUCACCGCCGGCGACCUGGCGGCGGCGGCGGCCUCCGCCACCACCACCACUGCUGCCGCCCGGCAGGAGUGGGGCGAGCUGCUGCGGCUGGCGGCCGGGGCCGGCGGCCGCCUGGACGACGGCGGCAGCGGCGGCUACGGCGGCGCGGCGAUGCCGCAGCGGGAGGACCCGCUCGUGACCGCACACCUGGCGGCGCUGCUGCCCAGCCUGGACGCCGCACAGCGCUGGCACCGCCUGCCCGCGCUGCUGGCCGCGCUGCUGGUGGCGCCGCAGCUCGGCGCCUACCCGCUACAGCCCCCUUCGUCUUACAGCGGCAAGAAUGGCAGUAGCAAGAGCAGCGGCAGUAGCAAGGGCCGAUCCGCCGCUGCCGCAGCGGCGGCGGCGGCGGCUGCCGCUGCGGCUCCGCCUCCGGGGCUGAUUCGGGCGUUGGGCGUGGUGAACAACACGGCAGUGGUGGGACUGAGCCUGGCCCUGCAGUCUGCCAUGGCGCUGUCGCUGCACCCCGCCGCCAGCCAGUUUUUGCUGGGCUGCGAUUCGCCCGCCGCCGCCUGCUUGUGCGCCUACCAGCGCCUGGGCACUGGCGUACUGCAGGCGGGCAUGUCCGCAGCGCUGCAGGCGGGCAGCGCUGCGGUCGCUGCCGCCGCGGCCUCCGGCGACGGCGCUGCCGCCAGCGGCGCCGCCGGCAGCGGCAGCACCGCCGCCAUGGGCGCGGCGGCGGCCGCCACCGCCGCCAAGCAGCAGCUGCUUGCGGCACUGGAGAGGUUGCCCCUGCUACGUGCUUACGCCUAUUCCUUCGCCCCACCCGAUGACGUAAUGGCGGUGGAGGCGGCUGCUGCGGCUGCCGCCGCGGCUGAGGACGGCGCCGCCGCGGCGGCCGCGGCUGCUGACUGCAGCCUGCUCGCCGGCGGCGGCGUUUCCGGCUUGUGGCUCAGCGCUAGCGAAAGCACUGGCGCUGCGGUAGCCAGCGGUACACGCGCCUCCCUGGAGGGCGCCCUGGGCUGGUGGCCCACAAGCAACGGCGGAGCUGCUGCAGGGGAGGGUAUCGGGUUGGUGUCGGGUGCGGGCGCCGGUGGCGGCGGCUUUGGCUUUGGGGCGCCGGCUGCGGGAGCGACUGGCGGCGCACCCGGCACACCGAGCAAGCGCGCCCUGGUGGGGGCGGCCAGCAGCGCUGGGGCCGCGAAUGCGGCGGGUGAGGGCCGAGCGGUGGCGGCGCCUGCGGGAGCCCAGCUGGCGCCGGUGCUGUCGUGUGAGCCGUCGCUGGUACAUGGGCGCUGGUCGGGAGCGGUGGAUGCCUGGCGCCCGGCGGCGCGGCUGGUUCCGCUCGUGAUGGGUCAGGUCGGAUAGGAUAGGACCCUAGCUGUGGAUAUCAGUAGCGGUGAGGGGAGGGGAGGGGGGCGCAACUUGAGCUGUCGAGGUCCGGAUGGUGUUGGCCGUCGUGCAGCAUCACAUCCAGGUCCAUGAGCUUCCUGGCUCGUUUGGACCAAUCUACGAGCAUGAACUUGUAACAUCAAUCAUAA